AGCGUUUUUUUUCCAUCUUGUUUCUCAAAAUUCAAAUUUAUAGCGUCUCUCUCCCAUUUUCCAUUUCACAAACAAAAAAUAUAUAUAGAUAUACGCGCACACACGUAUAGAUACAAAUAUAUAUAUAUGUAUGUGUAUGGUUUUAUAUGCGUAAGUUGAAAUACCUAUAUGUGCGUGAUGUAUCUCUCUCUGCGAAGAGAUGGUUGAUCAGAUAAUAGGAAAACAAAUUUGCUAGGAUUUUAAACCCUAACUUUUCUUUUCCAAUUUUCAUUGCUGUAUCUCGAUCCAUGUUAAGACAGAGAGAUUUUGGCUAGAUUAGGCGGUAGAGGAAGCGAAGGUUGCAACAUUUCUCGAGGGAUUUCGAGUUUUUAGUAUAUUGGGAUUGGGGGCGAACGCGUGGUUAAAUUCUGUUGUUUAGCAUUGGAUUUUGGUGCGAUUAGGGCAUGGAUUUUGAUUGAGCUGGAUCAAUCAACUGAAUUUUAGCUUGAAUGUUAGAUUGACUUGGGUCGCGGCGAGGUUGGAUAAAUUUGUACGAUUUAGACUGCGGUGGUUGCUUUUUGGGGAAGUUAGAUUUUAUUGGGGGCAGCAGAAUGAGCUCACAAGAUGAAGAUAGAAGGUCCUUGGACGAGGGUUCUGAAACUCAUGAAGAUGUUUCAACGAAGCCAAAAAUAUCCUAUUCAAGAGAGUUUCUACUGUCGAUCAGCACUUCGGAUAUCUGCAAGAAGUUGCCGAGCGGGUUUGAUGAAUCACUGUCAAGUGAAAUGGAAGAAGCACUGUUGAAAUUACCUGAUCGAACAAGAAUUCCUGGGAGCUUGCCAUACCAAGGUUUCAGAAGGAAUGAGUAUUCCUCAUCACCUCCUACUCGGGGGGAUACUAGUACAUACUCUAGAGGCAUUUAUGGGAAAUGGGAUAGCCGUUCUUCUGCCCGCAGUGAUCGAGACAGUGAUUCUCAGUCUGACAAGGACUCAGAUUCUGGGAAGCGUUUUGGAAAUCAAUCUCGACGUCCUUGGCAGACUCCUGAGCAUGAUGGGCUGCUUGGGAGCGGUUCAUUUCCAAGACCAUCUGGAUAUUCUGCUGGGAUCUCUGCGGCUAAGGUGCGACCAAAUGAGCAAAAUCAACUAAGCAGAAGCAGUGAACCAUAUCAUCCUCCGCGUCCUUACAAGGCAGUACCUCAUUCAAGAAAGGAUACCGAUGCCUUCAAUGAUGAGACUUUUGGCUCAAUCGAGUCUACUAAUGAAGAUAGAGCAGAGCAGGAGAGAAGGAGAAGAGCCUCUUUUGAGAUGAUGAGAAAGGAACAACAUAAAGCUCUACAGGAGAAACAAAUUAAUUCAGGGAAAAGCAAAGUUGGCGAUGUCUUAAGCCUUUGUGAAGGUUUGGUAGAUAGCAAAGAGGAAAAGGGGCUUUUUGUCAGGAAUAAUGAAUUAGAGGUUUCUGCUGUAACUCCUGCCUUAAGCAAUGACUCAGAAAAAUCAUCUUUAUCUUCACAAGCUCCUGCAUCAAGACCGCUUGUUCCACCAGGUUUUAAAACCAAUCCCCUAGAAAAAAGCGCUGGCUUGAAAUCGUUGAUUCAUCCUUCUCUGUCAGAGGUGUUAAAGCCUGUAACAAGUGAGAGCGCUGCAGAUGCUGACCCCAACCUGAAUCAAAAUGCUAAUCAUGGUCUUGAGAGUCGGCUCUCUGAAGAAAUCAGUCUAGUUGGCGGGCAGCCCACAGAUAAGACACAGCAAACACUCCUAUUGAAUAAGGGGGAACAUGUAAACGUACAUGUUAGUUUAGAUGGGCCUAAGCAAACUGCCAUAGAAGAUCAAUUGUUCCGCAUUUCCAGUCCCUUACAGACUCAUGGAACGCUGGAUGAUCCCAAUUUUGCCAAUCUCAAUGCUGAGGGAUUGGAGGAUAAAACCGUUUGUGAUUCUAGCAGAAGUCAUUCAACAUCAAUUUUAGAAAAGAUUUUUGGUAGCACAUUAUCUACGAAAAAUGAUGGCCACUCCAGCUCAGUUGAGCUUCACAAUAAUAAACCUGAUGAUAGAUGGAGCCCAAAGUCCGCCAACUCAUCGAAGUUUGCUCAAUGGUUUUCUGAGGAAGAAGCAAAGGCUGCUGAUGAUGUCUCAUCUGCAGGGCAGAAAGAUUUACUGUCAUUAAUAGUCGGCAGUGAUAAAGCUGCAGCUAAUGGGAUAUCUGAUCAAGCAUGCAGUAACAGCAAAGAGGAUGCUGUUCCAACUGUUCUUACCUGUGAAGACCUUGAACAAUCUAUCUUGUCUGAAUAUGGUACAAAGACUACCAACACACAGCCACACAUGAAAAGCUGGACCUCUGCUGGAGGAGAUAUUGCACAAUCAAGUGGACAUGCUGAUAAUCACGCUUCUCUACACCUGCUCUCAAUGUUGCAAAAGAGCUCGGACCAAACUAAUACAGUUGUUAGCCCUGUUAAUAUCAACUUGGCUGAUAAACAAGUAGUUUCUCAGGAACAUGAUAGGGCCACAGUGAUGAAUGAGCCUAAAGAGGAAGAAAAUGGUAAUUUGGGGAAGACACUCACUCUGGAAGCCCUCUUUGGAACUGCUUUCAUGAAGGAGCUAGAGUCGGUUGGAGCCCCUGUUUCUGUCCAAAGAGGCUCUACUGGCUCUGCUCGAGUUGAUGCCCCAGAGGCUCAUGCAUUUCCUUUUACCAUUGGAGACAAUGAUAUUUCUUCUUCAACAGUAGAAAAUACCGAGCUUCAGAGACCAAUUCAUGACUAUAAUGUCUCUUCAAACCAUAGACAGAUUGCAAAAUUUAGUGGGGCUGAUAACUGGCUUGGCGUCGGCGAUUCUUCAAUUGGAAUAUCUUCACCAAAGCGUCAAACUGAAUCGCUCAACAAACGUGGUGGAUUUGAAAGGAAUGCUGGAUAUCAACUGCCUGAAGAAGAAAACUUUAUUUCUGCAGGUGAUACUCGCGAUCCCAGGUUGCUCCCAAUAAUGCCAGGCGGUGGUUCAAUCAACAGUGUAAACAGUUCUUCAAGUACACCGAUCAACAUAGCAGAGAAACUGGCAGUGUUUGGUGGUAUUAUUAAAGACAAGCAAAGCAUGGUAGGUUCAGAAGGCAUUCCCUUUCCACACAACUCGUAUGAACAAAGGGGACCUGAUAUUUCCUAUCCUAAUAAUCUCCAGUUGCAGCAGCAAUCAUCUCAACGUUUUCAGCCUCCACAAAUUACCCAACCAAGGCCAUUGUAUCAUCACUUGGAAUCACAUCCUGCUCACAUGAGCUCCCACCUGAAGUUCCUGAGUCCAGAGCGCACUUUUGGUCACGAUUCUCCAGUUAAUCACCAACUCUCUUCACCUAUGAUUCGGCCGUCUUUCCAUCACAAUCCCAAUGUUAGGGUUUCUGGAUUUGACGUUGCUCCUCCGCAACACCCAAUGUUGCAUCAGAUGCAAAUGCCAGGCAGCCAUCCUCAGUUUGCAAGGGGUGGUCCAGUUCCCCAUCAUGGCAACCAACCGACUGGUUUUGUCCAGGAAAUGAAUCAAAUGCAAGGUCUCCCCUUUGGGCCCCGCUUACCAAACAUUGGCGGCAGUGGAGUGCCGAUGCCAGGCGGUACCCCUCCCGAAGCGUUCCAGAGGCUAAUAGAAAUGGAGCUCCGAGCAAAUUCAAAGCAGAUUCACCCUUUUGGCCCUCCUGGUCACAACCAAGGAAUAUACAGCCAUGAGCUAGACCUGGAGUCUAGGUACCGAUAGUCGGUUGCAAUUACACGUGGAAGAAAAUGCAGUCUCGUCUAUGUGAAUAGAUCAAGCACCCCUCCCAGUGACCUGGUCUAUAGAAUGGAUAGUUUUGCUGCACUGUAAUUUCAGGAUCUCAAUCAGAUUGUGGUAGAACCAUGUAAAAGGGUUGUUUCCUGACUCUGCUGUGGAUAUAUGCAUGUUCGUUUCAACAGUUUUA